AUGGACUCAGACUUUGAACCCUUCAUCGAUCGCGUAGCAGCUGGUCUGCCCAAACUUUCCUUUGUGUUGGUAAUCAUAUCCCUUACCAUCUAUUCUUAUAUCGGUAUGGUCCAUUUUGCCAAUAUGCUCCUGAUAUCCGCCCUCAACAUCUUCAAUACGAUCAUCAACUUCUUCUCCACUCUACCUACCCAAAUACUUCGUAUGAUCCAAGAUGUCCGCUCAAGUAUCCCCUUUGAAACUAUUUUCUGGGUCGUUCUUUGGACUCGGAAUAUAGGUAUGACCAGCUUGUGCGUGUUAUCUUGUUUUCCUUCGAUCUGGACAUGGAUGUGGAAAGAGUUGGUCAAGAAAGAAGCGGAGAAUGACGUUUUGCCAUUCAUGCCUGGUUUUGACGGAGUUUAUUGGCAUUUGUUCAUGGAAGGUUUGAAUCCUUACGAAGCGGACGGAGUUUUACAAGCCAUUCAACUUUACAUUGCCAACCCCAUCGGUCCUCGUGAUCCUCUGUUGGUCUUUGACCCCACUUUCUUCCCUAAUCAUCUCCUCCCUCAACCUCAACCCUUCCAUCCAGCUCCCUGCCAAGAAGCUCAACCAUCAGCAUGGUUCCUCCCUCCAGGAUUAUCAGUCACGACGUAUCUCGAAACAUGUCUACAAUCUGAAGAUCCUUAUCGCACCUACGUCGGACUUCAAGUUAAUAACCCCCAACCGGAACCUCCUGUAAUUUCCCAACGCCCAUCGCAUUCUCCUAAAGUGGCAUCGUUACUGGCCAGCAAAUGGGAAAAACAACAUGACGCUCCCUGCUCUUAUAUCUCUCGACCCAUAUUCAAUCAUCGGUCCUCUCUAGUAUCAACUCCCAAGCGAACUCCUUCGCACCCUUUGCCCAAGGUCACACAAAGCCUACCAAUGAUCACACCGUCGAUCAUCGUGACACCCCCUUUCCCCGAUACCUCUCUUCCCAUCCAGCUGUCAACAAAUGAUCACGAUUUGGCACCUUUGGUCCAAUGUCGAAAAAGGUGUAACUCGCUGGAAGAACAUACCAUACGCAAAGUCAGCUUCUCCCGUCCUUCAAGUCCACCUCAGAAUCCGGCUCCUAGAAACUCGAAACUCAAAUCAAAGAUAUCCCCUAAGUUGCAACGACCGGUGUUUAGUCCUCGAAUCUCAUCAGUUUGUCAAGAACCUAUGGAUGUUGAUCAACCUGAUUACCCAGGUUAUAAUACGGUCACAAAUCCAAUCAGCCCACCUCAAGUAGUCGUUGACAACGAAACUUAUAACGUCUCCCAAGUACCACGGACAAUCCCCGCAUCUGCCUUUUACCUCCCUCAAUCUCCACCCGAUUCUCAACUUCGAACUCCACCAGCUCCAACUCUUCUUUUUCAAUCAGUGGACGAUCCCUUCUGCCUAUCGGGACCUCAGCGAUCCUGGAACACCGCUGACAAUACAAGUCCCGAUUGGGAAAUGGGAGAAGCCAAUGAAGUUCCUUCUUCCGACUCGGAAGACGUUAUGAUGGAGACGGAAGAUUCUGCUUUUAUCUGGAAUGCCCUAGAACUCUCUGGACUCGCAGAGUGUUUGGCCACCUUGACAAAUGACUAUUCAAUGAAUAUCGAUUCUAUCGAUAUGGGACAAGUCAGUGACACCAUGCGUGAAGACACGGAGAUGACAUAUGAGCAGGAUACCACACUUUCAAUGGUAUUGGACGAAGAAGUCACACCUUUUACCGCUAGUUUCAACCACAUGACACUGCCAGCUACGUUUAUCAACCAUAUGACACCGCCAACGGGGUCCAACAAUUUCUUCGCAUCCCUGAAUUCUGGAGUCGACGCAGAUAUGAUGUGGGAAAGCACUCAACGGAUGAUUCCUUUGUUAGAUAGAGAGAACGCCCCCGAGACAUUGAACAACAAGUUUGCUCAUCCGACACAGUCCUUGACGACUCAAGAAUCCGUCGAGACUACCCCUCGAGCUACCUACAAGUAUCCGUUCGCCAUCCCCUGGACUCCAACCUCACCAAACAUGGAAGAACCCAUACCCCACCAAAAUGAGUCGACGGUCAAUGGAGUCCAAACUCCUCCUGAAUACCAACCACGCAACCUGAACGAAACCGAACGAAAUGAAACGAUCCCAAGUAUCCCUCUUUACAGUUGCAUCAUCAAUAUCAACCCCGAGGUUGUUCCCCAAGAGUUCAUCCCCACCACUUUCUUUUCAAAUACUCAAGGACAUACAUCCCAAGCUCAGACAAUGCCAGCUCCUCAAACUCCUACUGCCCCCCUUCGAGCACCCGUCACCCCGGUCAGACCCCGAGCAGGAGCAUCUGGAAGUAAGCCAAUACGUCGACGUCCGUUGAGCGAAACAGCUAAAUAUCUAAAAGAACAAAAAGCUGAAGAAGAGAGGAUGGAUAAGUGGAUGGCUGAUAAUCCUCCUAAACAAGUAUGA